AUGAAGGUAUGUUUUGUAGGUCUCUUUUAUAUGUGUGCUUUAAUAUUACUACACAAUUUAAUUAUUUUGAUAUAGCAAACUGUUGGGAAGCCUUUGAAGUAUCUGUUCAACGUGGAACGGAUUUUGGCGGCUAUGACAAAUGUAGACAGGGAUCCAAGCGAGGCUUGGAGAGAAGUCAUUGGUUUUGGGGGAAAAGUUGUGCGUGAACUUGGAAUGAAGAACAAGCGCCUUGUUCGGAAGAACUAUUACCAGCAAUGGUUUGAAGACAGAAAAG